AAAAUUUUAGCAAACGUAUAUCUUAAGAAAAGGUUUACUGUUUACUACUAAUUUAACAUUAAUACUUAAUGUUAGUUAGUGCAUUAAGAUUCAAGUGAAUAACUAGAUAAUUUAGUUAUUCAAGCUUUAAAAGUAAAUUUCAUUAAUAUUUUUUUUGUUUGUAAGUUAUUGUAAACAUUUGGAUUUCUGUUAAGUAUUAUUAAGAUUAAACAGAGCGAACCGGUUUGUCCGCCUGACCCCCUCCAGCAUUAUUGUGUACCGUGAAGUGUAUAGUGUGUACACUUUAAUAAUUAUUAUAGUGUCCGAUAUUUGCUACUUGGUACUUUAGUUACUUACCAAAUUAGUUAGAUUUUGCCUUUCAGUUCGUUUUAAUAGUGAAAAUUUUUGAAGUACUCUGUAUCGACUUAAAAAAAAUAAAGAAACUUAAGAAAUUGUUAUAUUUUUACUUUGAAAAAAGCAUCUACUGUCUGAAUAGAGAUGACGGGACGUGCAUUACAUUUUGUGUUCAAAAUAGCCGAAAGAACCAAAACCAUAAAGUUUUAUAGAGAACUUUUGGGAAUGAAAAUCUUGAGGCACGAAGAAUUCACUCAAGGUUGUGAGGCGGCGUGCAACGGUCCAUAUGACAACCGUUGGAGUAAAACUAUGGUCGGAUAUGGACCAGAAGACACUCAUUUUGUAAUUGAACUUACCUACAACUAUGGUGUUGAUGAUUACAAGCUUGGGAAUGAUUUCCUUGGAAUAACAUUAAAAUCUUCAAAAGUAUUAGAAAAUGCUAAAUCUCUCAGUUGGCCUGUUGAAGUUGAGGAUAACAUGUCCUAUGUUGUAGCACCAGGAGGAUAUAGGUUUUAUGUGAUUGAUGAACCUCAACUUGUUGAUAAAGAUCCUGUCGUAAAUGUCAUGUUAUCAUCUACAAAUUUAACAAAAUCUAUGAAAUUUUGGAAUGGUAUACUUGGUUUAAAAAUUUUCAAUCAAAACGAAUCUUUACUUGAAUUAGGAUUUAGCGAGGAUCAAGCUAAACUGAAGUUAAGAGAUAUUGGGGAACCAAUUAACCAUGCUACAGCAUAUGGAAGAAUAGCAUUUUCAGUUCCUACAUCUGAUUUAGAAAGCUACCAAGAAAAUGCUAAAAAUAAUCAAUAUAAAAUUUUAACUCCUUUUGUAACCUUAGACACACCUGGAAAAGCUUCAGUGUCUGUGGUGAUAUUUGCUGAUCCUGAUGGACAUGAAAUAUGUUUUGUUGGAGAUAAAGAAUUUCGUGAGUUAUCUCAGUUUGAUCCAAAUUCAGAAAAGCAAUUGGAUAAGUAUAUUGUUAAAGAUGAAGCGAGAAAAUUGAAAAAUUAAAUGUUUGUAGUUAUGACAAAAUUUUAUUAUUUAUGUUUUUAAAUUUAUAUAACCA